UUUCGUUGCCUAGACGAUCAAGACGUCACAUCCGAUUCAAAAUGGCGGCGCUGAGAUGGCUGUGGGGUCGGACUGUGUGGCGGAGUUCAUCUCUUCCCUGGCAGAGUCUUGCAGGAAGCAGAGUAGAGCCUGCCACUGGGCAGGGCUGGAUUAGGCAGAAAUUCACGAAGUCAAGAGUUCCUGACUGGGUAUUUCAGCCACGACCUGGUGAUCAUGAAAAAUACGGAGGUGAUCCAGAGCAGCCUCAUAAAUUGCACUUCAUAACCAGGAUCAAAAGUGGCAGAAGGCGACCCUAUUGGGAAAAGGAUAUGAUCAGAGUUCUUGGAUUGGGAAGGAGAUAUGAACCCAGAGUGCACAAAAACGUCCCUUCUGUGAAUGAUCAACUGAAAGUCAUCAAACACCUAAUAAGGAUAAAACCAUUAAAGCUGCCCCAUGGAAUUCCAACCGAAGAGGAAAUGUCUGAUACAUACUUUAACAGUAGUACAGGUGAACUAAUCAUUCGCCGUCGUCUAAAACCAGUGGAACAGAAAGCAAUUGAUUCUUCUUAAGUAUAGUGACCUUUUAUACAAUAAAAAUAUUAAGCCACAAGUUAUACUAGUGCGAUUAUCUUUGAAAUUAUUAUCAAGAUCUCAAUCACUUGCUUUGUCAAACAUAACAAGAAUAUGAGAAAAUAAUUGUUUUAGCUCACAUCACUCUGGAUUUACAAAUGGUUAUUGCUUCUCCAGUUUGCUGACUAUAUACAUUAAAGUAAUUACACUUA